GUCUCCCUGUGUUGCCAGGUUGGAGUGCAGUGGCGCGAUCUCGGCUCACUGCAACUUCCACCUCCUGGGUUCAAGCGAUUCUCCUGCCUCAGCUUCCUGAGUAGCUGGGAUUACAGGCGUGCACUGCCACACCCAGCUAAUUUUUGUAUUUUUAGUAGAGAUGGGGUUUCACCAUGUUGGCCAGGAUGGUCUCGAUCUAUUGGCCAGGAUGGUCUCAAUCUCUUGACCUCAUGAUCCGCCCACCUUGACCUCCCAAAGUGCUGGGAUUACAGGUGUGAGCCACUGCGCUUGGCCACAUUUUUACUUAAUUUCAUUUCUUCCCUAAAUUGGGAGACUCAGUACAGUAGUAGCUGCAAGUGAAAUUCCUGGGAUAAUUACAAUAGUAGUACAAAAUGUCAAAAAUUAGAAGGAAGGUCACAGUGGAAAAUACCAAGACCAUAUCUGAUAGCACAUCCCGAAGACCCAGUGUAUUUGAGAGGCUUGGACCCAGCACUGGCAGUACAGCAGAGACACAGUGCCGUAACUGGCUGAAGACUGGCAACUGCCUCUAUGGAAACACAUGUAGAUUCGUACAUGGCCCUUCACCUCGUGGUAAAGGUUAUAGCAGCAAUUAUAGAAGGUCACCAGAAAGACCUACAGGGGAUCUUAGAGAAAGAAUGAAGAACAAGCGCCAAGAUGUGGACACUGAGCCCCAGAAACGAAAUACAGAGGAGUCAUCCUCACCUGUUAGGAAAGAAUCUUCAAGAGGGAGACAUAGGGAAAAGGAAGACAUAAAAAUCACUAAGGAGAGAACUCCAGAAAGUGAAGAAGAAAAUGUAGAAUGGGAAACUAAUAGAGAUGAUUCUGACAAUGGAGAUAUUAAUUAUGAUUAUGUUCAUGAAUUGUCAUUGGAAAUGAAGCGUCAGAAGAUACAGAGGGAAUUAAUGAAGCUGGAACAAGAAAACAUGGAGAAGAGAGAAGAAAUUAUCAUUAAAAAGGAGGUUUCACCAGAAGUGGUUAGAUCAAAAUUGUCCCCGUCACCUUCUCUAAGAAAGUCUAGCACAUCUCCGAAGCGAAAAUCAAGCCCGAAGUCGUCUUCAGCUAGCAAGAAAGAUAGGAAGACAUCUGCAGUAUCUUCUCCCCUGUUGGACCAGCAGAGAAAUUCAAAAACCAACCAAAAUAAAAAGAAAGGACCACGUACUCCUAGUCCACCCCCUCCUAUACCAGAAGAUAUUGCUCUGGGGAAAAAAUACAAAGAAAAAUAUAAAGUAAAAGACAGGAUAGAAGAAAAAACAAGAGAUGGAAAGGACAGAGGACGAGAUUUUGAACGACAAAGAGAAAAGAGAGACAAGCCAAGGUCUACUUCCCCAGCAGGACAGCAUCAUUCUCCUAUAUCUUCUAGACAUCACUCAUCUUCCUCACAAUCAGGAUCAUCUAUUCAAAGACAUUCUCCUUCUCCUCGUCGAAAAAGAACUCCUUCACCAUCUUAUCAGCGGACACUAACUCCACCUUUACGACGCUCUGCCUCUCCUUAUCCUUCACAUUCUUUGUCGUCUCCCCAGAGAAAGCAGAGUCCUCCAAGACAUCGCUCUCCAAUGCGAGAGAAAGGGAGACAUGAUCAUGAACGAACUUCACAGUCUCAUGAUCGACGUCAUGAAAGGAGGGAAGAUACUAGGGGCAAACGAGACAGAGAAAAGGACUCAAGAGAAGAACGAGAGUAUGAACAGGAUCAGAGCUCUUCUAGAGACCACAGAGAUGACAGAGAACCUCGAGAUGGUCGGGAUCGGAGAGAUGCCAGAGAUACUAGGGACCGAAGGGAACUAAGAGACUCUAGAGACAUGCGGGACUCAAGGGAGAUGAGGGAUUAUAGCAGAGAUACCAAAGAGAGCCGUGAUCCCAGAGAUUCUCGGUCCACUCGUGAUGCCCAUGACUACAGGGACCGUGAAGGUCGAGAUACUCAUCGAAAGGAGGAUACAUAUCCAGAAGAAUCCCGGAGUUAUGGCCGAAACCAUUUGAGAGAAGAAAGUUCUCGUACGGAAAUAAGGAAUGAGUCCAGAAGUGAGUCUCGAAGUGAAAUUAGAAAUGACCGAAUGGGCAGAAGUAGGGGGAGAGUUCCUGAGUUACCUGAAAAGGGAAGUCGAGGCUCAAGAGGUUCUCAAAUUGAUAGUCACAGUAGUAAUAGCAACUAUCAUGACAGCUGGGAAACUCGAAGUAGCUAUCCUGAAAGAGACAGAUAUCCUGAAAGAGACAACAGAGAUCAAGCAAGGGAUUCUUCCUUUGAGAGAAGACAUGGAGAGCGAGACCGUCGUGACAACAGAGAGAGAGCUCCUAUGUUCUACACCUCCUGCUGCCCCUAUCCUUUGCCACCAGUGUUCUCAGGUCCUGCUGGGGGGACAGAGAAGAUCAGAGAUCAAAGACCAAGCUCACCAAUUCGACAUCAGGGAAGGAAUGACGAGCUUGAGCGUGAUGAAAGAAGAGAGGAACGAAGAGUAGACAGAGUGGAUGAUAGAAGAGAUGAAAGGGCUAGAGAGAGAGAUCGGGAACGAGAACGAGACAGGGAGCGGGAGAGAGAGAGGGAACGUGAACGGGAUCGGGAAAGAGAAAAAGAGAGAGAACUAGAAAGAGAGCGUGCUAGGGAACGGGAGAGAGAAAGAGAAAAAGAGAGAGAUCGUGAAAGGGAUAGAGACCGAGACCACGAUCGAGAGCGGGAAAGAGAGAGAGAGCGAGACAGGGAAAAAGAACGGGAACGAGAAAGAGAAGAAAGAGAGAGGGAGAGAGAGCGAGAACGGGAGAGAGAGCGAGAGCGAGAACGGGAACGAGAAAGAGCGAGAGAGAGGGAUAAAGAACGAGAACGCCAAAGGGAUUGGGAAGACAAAGACAAAGGACGAGAUGACCGCAGAGAAAAGCGAGAAGAGAUCCGAGAAGAUAGGAAUCCAAGAGAUGGACAUGAUGAAAGAAAAUCAAAGAAGCGUUAUAGAAAUGAAGGGAGUCCCAGCCCUAGACAGUCCCCGAAGCGCCGGCGUGAACAUUCUCCGGACAGUGAUGCCUACAACAGUGGAGAUGAUAAAAAUGAAAAACACAGACUCUUGAGCCAAGUUGUACGACCUCAAGAAUCUCGUUCUCUUAGUCCCUCGCACCUCACAGAAGACAGACAGGGUAGAUGGAAAGAGGAGGAUCGUAAACCAGAAAGGAAAGAGAGUUCAAGGCGCUACGAAGAACAGGAACUCAAGGAGAAAGUUUCUUCUGUAGAUAAACAGAGAGAACAGACAGAAAUCCUGGAAAGCUCAAGAAUACGUGCACAGGACAUUAUAGGACACCACCAGUCCGAAGAUCGAGAGACAUCUGAUCGAGCUCAUGAUGAAAACAAGAAGAAAGCAAAAAUUCAAAAGAAACCAAUUAAGAAAAAGAAAGAGGAUGAUGUUGGAAUAGAAAGGGGUAACAUAGAGACAACAUCUGAAGAUGGUCAAGUAUUUUCACCAAAAAAAGGACAGAAAAAGAAAAGCAUUGAAAAAAAACGUAAAAAAUCCAAAGGUGAUUCUGAUAUUUCUGAUGAAGAAGCAGCCCAGCAAAGUAAGAAGAAAAGAGGCCCACGGACUCCCCCUAUAACAACUAAAGAGGAAUUGGUUGAAAUGUGCAAUGGUAAGAAUGGUAUUCUAGAGGACUCCCAGAAAAAGGAAGAUACAGCAUUCAGUGACUGGUCUGAUGAGGAUGUCCCUGACCGUACAGAGGUGACAGAAGCAGAGCAUACUGCCACUGCCACGACUCCUGGUAGUACCCUUUCUCCUCUAUCUUCUCUUCUUCCUCCUCCACCGCCUGUGGCUACUGCCACUGCUACAACUGUGCCUGCAACUCUUGCUGCCACUACUGCUGCUGCCACCACCUCUUUCAGCACAUCUGCCAUCACCAUUUCCACCUCUGCCACCCCCACCAAUACCACCAAUAAUACUUUUGCCAAUGAAGACUCACACAGAAAAUGCCACAGAACACGAGUAGAAAAAGUAGAAAUGCCUCACAUGACUAUAGAAGAUGCGCCGCAUCGCAAGCCUAUGGAUCAAAAGAGGAGCAGCAGCCUCGGGAGCAAUCGGAGUAACCGUAGUCAUACGUCUGGUCGUCUUCGCUCCCCAUCCAAUGAUUCAGCCCAUCGAAGUGGAGAUGACCAAAGUGGUCGAAAGAGAGUACUGCACAGUGGCUCAAGAGAUAGAGAAAAAACAAAAAGCCUGGAAAUCACAGGAGAGAGAAAAUCUAGGAUUGAUCAGUUAAAGCGUGGAGAACCCAGUCGAAGUACUUCUUCAGAUCGCCAGGAUUCAAGAAGCCAUAGUUCAAGAAGAAGUUCUCCAGAGUCAGAUCGACAGGUCCAUUCAAGAUCUGGGUCAUUUGAUAGCAGAGACAGGCUUCAAGAACGAGAUCGAUAUGAACACGACAGAGAGCGUGAGAGAGAGAGGAGAGAUACGAGGCAGAGAGAAUGGGACCGAGAUGGUGAUAAAGAUUGGCCACGCAACAGGGAUCGAGAUAGAUUACGAGAACGAGAACGAGAGAGAGAACGAGACAAAAGGAGAGACUUGGAUAGGGAAAGAGAGAGACCAAUUUCUGAUUCUGUUGAAAGGGACAGGGACAGAGACAGAGACAGAACUUUUGAGAGUUCUCAAAUAGAGUCUGUGAAACGCUGUGAAGCAAAACUGGAAGGUGAACAUGAAAGGGAUCUAGAAAGCACUUCCCGAGACUCUGUAGCCUUGGAUAAAGAGAGAAUGGAUAAAGAUCUGGGAUCUGUGCAGGGAUUUGAAGAUACAAAUAAAUCCGAGAGAACUGAGAGUCUGGAAGCAGGAGAUGACGAGUCCAAGUUAGAUGAUGCACAUUCAUUAGGCUCUGGUGCUGGAGAAGGAUACGAGCCAAUCAGUGAUGAUGAACUAGAUGAAAUUCUGGCAGGUGAUGCAGAAAAGAGGGAAGACCAACAGGAUGAGGAAAAGAUGCCAGAUCCCUUAGAUGUGAUAGAUGUGGAUUGGUCUGGUCUUAUGCCAAAGCAUCCAAAAGAACCACGAGAGCCUGGGGCUGCACUCUUAAAAUUCACACCUGGAGCUGUUAUGCUAAGAGUUGGGAUUUCUAAAAAGUUGGCAGGUUCUGAACUCUUUGCCAAAGUCAAAGAAACAUGUCAGAGACUUUUAGAAAAACCCAAAGAUGCAGACAAUCUCUUUGAACAUGAAUUGGGGGCCCUCAAUAUGGCUGCAUUACUACGAAAAGAAGAAAGAGCGAGUCUUCUUAGUAAUCUUGGGCCGUGUUGUAAGGCGUUGUGCUUCAGACGGGAUUCUGCAAUUCGAAAGCAGCUUGUUAAAAAUGAGAAGGGCACCAUAAAACAAGCUUACACGAGUGCGCCAAUGGUAGACAAUGAAUUGCUUCGACUGAGUCUUCGGUUAUUUAAGCGGAAGACUACUUGCCAUGCUCCAGGACAUGAAAAGACUGAAGAUAAUAAACUUUCACAGUCCAAUAUCCAACAGGAAUUGUGUGUGUCUUAAGACCGAAGUUCAAUAUGGUAUUUUUGGUACUGUCUUCCUUCAGCAGUGCAUAUUCUUUUGCAGAGUUCUUUGGUUUGACAAGCAUUAGUGACAAAGGCAGAAAAGAUUUAUCAGCCGUGCUAAAAGAGUGAAGAAUUUUGAUCUUUAGAGACACUAGUUUUGGGUAACUUAAGAUUUUACGUUAAUUUUUACAUAGUAUUUGACACUCAUGCAAAAUAAUGUGAAAACAUCUAGAUUUAGUAGUUUAUUCUGCACCUUUUGUUAAAACUGAAGAUUUUGGAAAAUGGUUGUCACUGCUCUUCCAGCCUAUGAAUAUUUUUGUGAAAUGGAACCAUGGAUUUAUGUCUGGAUCAUCCAUACAGAACCAACAAUUUUAUUCAAAAACAAUGUGUUCAUCAAAGUAAUUGCUCACUUUGUGCAGUACUAUGUUGUACAGACCAUGUGAAAAGGAAUGCUGGUCUAGCUGGCAUGGUAUGUUUAUAGGUGAAUCUCAGCAGAAGGAAGCCAAAAUAGUUUUUUCCUUUUGAAAGUUUUUUAAAAAUUAUUUCAUGGGUCUUUUUUUUAAUUAAUAUGUGUGCAUUGUUACAAUGUAUGUUGGAUGUCUUUUGACUCUAAAUGCUUUUUUUGUUAUCAGAGAUUGUGUACUAUUUUUAUUUUUAAUAAAUGUAACUUCCCUUUCCUUGUUUUAGAUUUACUUUGCUCUUCAUUAAUCUUAUUCCUGAUGUUCUAAAACAUUAGUCAUCAACAUUACCUGUUUCAUGCUUCAGAUAUUUUACUGUUUGUGUCCUUGUUGUUGGGCAGCUUUAAACAGAGUUGAUGUACUUCAAAUAUAGCUCGUUGAUACUUAAGGCAUCUUCUUGGAAUGUGGCUUUUGUAGAAAAAAAUUACUCAAAGCAAAUCAAGAGUUAACAAACCUAACGUAACCUGAGGUUUAAUAUUCUACUAUCAUAUUUUUUAGAGCUAUAACCUUUGAUUAUAUUAAACUGCCUCCAGCUGUACUAUGUAAAACAGAUUUACUUUUAAAAAUUACAGUAUACCUGCUUUGUUCUAUAUGUAUAUGUUUAACUCAUGAAGUGGACUCUUAGAAGGAUUUGAAAUGGACUCUGGCCACAGAAUUUGUGAGCAGACAGUAGUGAUAAUAAUAAAAGAAGGCAAUCAAAAUUUCAUUUUAUCAUGCCCUCUCACAGGUUUUUGUUAUAAUUGUAAGCCCAUAUCACUUGUGUUAGUAGUUUUGUCUCUAUAGGUAACAUAAUGACAGUGGUGUAAAAUUUCUGUUCAAGAAACAUAUGUUGUAAAGUUAAUUUAUACAAGACACCUGCCAAAGGAAAUGGUCUUAAUUUCAAAUGAUUUUGAAAGCAUGUAUAAUUGCAAACAGAGCAGGAGAAAACUUUAAUCAGAAUUUCCUUGUGUCCUUUUCCUUUACUAAGUGUUUUGAAUAAAGAAAAAAAAAUGUAUGACCUCAGAGAAUGAAUUCCCUUCAGGAAGCCACUUCCUGAUUUUAGUGGAUAAUAUUGUUCUCUGUAGCACAAAGAUUUAAAGUCCUAGAAUUUCUAAUCCUAGUUCUCAGAAUUGUAGAAUAUGACAAAAAUAAUGGUUUCUCGAUUUGUCCACUGACUUCAGGGAUAUUUCACAAGUUAUUUAUUUAUAGAAAGAAAACUAUGUAGUUAAAUCUGUCAUUCAGUUAAACCUGUUGUCUUUCAGUUUGAAAUCUUUGUGUUAUGUAUGUUGCAAAAGAAAAUUUAGAACCAUUCCUUUGUUCACUCAGUCACAGCAUUCAGAGCUUUAUGUUUCCAGUGGAAAUGUACUGUUCAGUCUCAAUUUCUUUUAAUUCAACCAUUCUCAGUAUUAGUAACAUAUACCUAUAAAAUUUUUCUAAAGCAAAUUUUUAAUUGAAUUUCUCAUAAAAGCUCUUGGACCAUAAUUAAAGUCUCAGUUAAACUGGUAUUCCCGAAAAACAAUCUUCCAGUCUAUAAAUUGUUUGCUAGUACAGUUAAAAGGUCAUCUAUCGCAUAACUGAUGGCUCAGGUCUGUCCAGUUGCCAUAAUUGCACAACUGGAUUCCAGCUGCUGGUAAUAAGGAAUUGUGUAGAUAGAUAAAGGGCAAGAGUAUGUCUGCAAUCCAAAAUAAAUGAGAGUUAACACAUAAUUAGCCGUUUGAUUAUUUUGGCAGCUGUCCUCACCAUUUAGUAAAGGGUAUACUAACAAUACCCAACUUUACUUAACAAAGUUUUGUAAGCCUACCUAAGUAGUAACUUGAUAUGCUGAAAAAUCUGACCUGUCACUUUGCUUCACUCUGACCAGUAAAUGCAGAUUGUCUUCACCAUCCUAGCCCAUGACUACAUUAGGAUUUUAUGACUUAUUAACUUGAAAAUCUGUUCUGUAAGUGGCAUUGGUAGACUAUCCCACUUUGCUCCUCACUGUCCAAUUGUGUAAAGAUUAAGGUACAUACUAUUGUUGGUGAUGCUUUUACACCUCAACUUGCUAUUUUAAAAGGUUAUAUGAACUCCUCCCACUUUUAAGGAUAUUCCCUUUUACUGAUUUUCCUAGCUAAAAUUAUAUAGCCAUCUUUCUAAAUAUUGUAUUUAAAUCUGAUCUAGGACUUGCCUUAUUUUAUCAUUUUUCUUUAAUAAUCUCCAAUAAAAUUUCUUUAUUCAUUAA